AUGGCAUCCAGGAAACUCAAAUUCGUGACCGGCAACGCGAACAAGCUCAGGGAAGUCCGCGCGAUCCUCGCCCAGUCCGGCGGAACGACACGUGAAGUCGCCACGGCAAAAUGCCGCCGCGCCGCUGAACUGUUAGGAGGGCCAUGCAUCACCGAGGACACCGCUCUGUGCUUUGAAGCAUUGAACGGUCUUCCAGGGCCAUACAUCAAGUAUUUUCUUAAGGAGCUCGGUCACGAUGGUUUGAACAAACUGCUCGUGGGCUUCCCGACCACAGCUGCUUGGGCGCUCUGCACCUUUGCAUACAGCGCAGGGCCAGGCUCGGAGCCCAUCCUAUUCGAAGGCCGGACGGACGGCCACGUCGUCACUGCUCGCGGAGACGGCAAGUUCGGUUGGGACCCUAUCUUCGAGCCGAACGGCACAGGUCAGACAUACGCUGAGAUGACGCCGGAGAAGAAGAACUCACUAUCGCAUCGAUAUCGGGCGCUGUCGAAGUUGCAGGAGUACCUGAGCACUCUGAAAGAAUAG